CCGGAAUAACCUGGAGCGGAGGCCAAUCUGGGCGCAGCUUUGCCUCAACAGCGUCUCGAGGGUGCGACGUCAUCAGUGAGCGUCGACCUGUGUUGGAAGCUGAUUUACUAGAAACCGUCGUGCAAGGAGGGAAGUGGCCUCAGGAUGUCUCUGGCAGACGAGCUCCUGGCUGACCUUGAGGAGGCGGCCGAAGAGGAGGAAGGAGGAAGCUAUGGGGAAGAAGAAGAGGAGCCAGCGAUUGAGGACGUGCAGGAGGAGACGCAGCUGGACCUUUCCGGAGAUUCGGUUAAGAGCAUCGCCAAGCUGUGGGACAGCAAGAUGUUUGCUGAGAUCAUGAUGAAGAUUGAGGAGUAUAUCAGCAAGCAAGCCAAAGCUUCAGAAGUGAUGGGACCAGUGGAGGCGGCCCCUGAAUACCGGGUCAUUGUGGAUGCCAACAACCUGACCGUGGAGAUCGAGAACGAGCUGAACAUCAUCCAUAAGUUCAUCCGGGAUAAGUACUCAAAGCGGUUCCCCGAACUGGAGUCACUGGUCCCCAACGCGCUGGAUUACAUCCGUACGGUCAAGGAGCUGGGUAAUAGCCUGGACAAGUGCAAGAACAAUGAGAACCUGCAGCAGAUCCUGACAAACGCCACCAUCAUGGUCGUCAGUGUGACUGCCUCCACCACGCAGGGACAGCAGCUGUCAGAGGAGGAGCUGGAGCGGCUGGAGGAGGCCUGUGACAUGGCACUGGAGCUGAGUGCCUGCAAGCACCGCAUCUACGAGUACGUGGAGUCACGCAUGUCCUUCAUCGCACCCAACCUGUCCAUCAUCGUUGGGGCAUCCACAGCCGCCAAGAUCAUGGGGGUGGCCGGCGGCCUGACCAACCUCUCCAAGAUGCCCGCCUGCAACAUCAUGUUACUGGGCGCCCAGCGCAAGACGCUGUCUGGCUUCUCGUCCACCUCCGUGCUGCCCCACACCGGCUACAUCUACCACAGCGACAUCGUGCAGUCCCUGCCCCCGGAUCUCCGGCGGAAAGCGGCCCGGCUCGUGGCUGCCAAGUGCACGCUGGCAGCUCGUGUGGACAGUUUCCACGAGAGCACAGAGGGGAAGGUUGGCUACGAACUCAAGGAUGAGAUUGAGCGCAAGUUCGACAAGUGGCAGGAGCCCCCGCCUGUGAAGCAGGUGAAGCCACUGCCUGCGCCCCUCGAUGGGCAGCGCAAGAAGCGAGGUGGCCGCAGGUACCGCAAGAUGAAGGAGCGGCUGGGGCUGACCGAGAUCCGGAAGCAGGCCAACCGCAUGAGCUUUGGGGAGAUUGAAGAGGAUGCCUACCAGGAGGACCUGGGCUUCAGUCUGGGCCACCUGGGCAAGUCGGGCAGCGGGCGCGUGCGGCAGACACAGGUGAACGAGGCCACCAAAGCCAGGAUCUCCAAGACACUGCAGCGGACCCUGCAGAAGCAGAGUGUAGUAUACGGCGGGAAGUCUACCAUCCGAGACCGCUCCUCAGGGACUGCCUCCAGCGUGGCCUUCACCCCGCUCCAGGGCCUGGAGAUUGUGAACCCACAAGCAGCCGAGAAGAAGGUGGCCGAGGCCAAUCAGAAAUAUUUCUCCAGCAUGGCUGAGUUCCUUAAGGUCAAGGGCGAGAAGAGUGGCAUCAUGUCCACCUGAGGGGCAGUGCCCUAGGUGGCUGCCCGCUGAAGGGACACAGAGGCCCCGCGAAUCUGAAGGGGUCGGGGUCAGGGCUGGGAGGUUCCUGCAGGGAAAGCUGCGCCGCCACUGGCAGGCGCCCAGACUGUUCAGGGAGGUACGGAGGGAGGCCCAGACCCCAGCACCAAGACUGCUGCCCCAUUCCAGGGGGACAGAGCCAGUCUUCACCACACCUCAUCUUUGUUUUAACUGGGAGAGGAGAUACUGUUGGGAAAACUGCAAUUAAAAGCACAUUUCCAGGCUCUGUCCCUGGAAGUGACUGUCAGACA